GGACGGGAGAGAGUGGCAAGAGUACGUUUAUCAAGCAGAUGAGAAUCAUCCAUGGGUCGGGCUACUCUGAUGAAGACAAAAGGGGCUUCACCAAGCUGGUGUAUCAGAACAUCUUCACGGCCAUGCAGGCCAUGAUCAGAGCCAUGGACACGCUCAAGAUCCCCUACAAGUACGAGCACAACAAGGCUCAUGCACAACUGGUUCGAGAAGUCGAUGUGGAGAAGGUGUCUGCUUUUGAGAAUCCAUACGUAGAUGCAAUAAAGAGUUUAUGGAAUGAUCCUGGAAUCCAGGAAUGCUAUGACAGACGACGAGAAUAUCAGUUGUCUGACUCUACCAAAUACUAUCUUAAUGACUUGGACCGCGUUGCCGACCCCGCCUACCUGCCUACGCAACAAGAUGUGCUUAGAGUUCGAGUCCCCACCACAGGGAUCAUCGAAUACCCCUUUGACUUACAAAGUGUCAUUUUCAGAAUGGUCGAUGUAGGAGGCCAGAGGUCAGAGAGAAGAAAAUGGAUACACUGCUUUGAAAAUGUCACCUCUAUCAUGUUUCUAGUAGCGCUUAGUGAAUAUGAUCAAGUUCUCGUGGAGUCGGACAAUGAGAACCGAAUGGAGGAAAGCAAAGCACUCUUUAGAACAAUUAUCACGUAUCCCUGGUUCCAGAACUCCUCGGUUAUUCUGUUCUUAAACAAGAAAGAUCUUCUAGAGGAGAAAAUUAUGUAUUCCCACCUAGUUGACUACUUCCCGGAAUAUGACGGACCCCAGAGAGAUGCCCAGGCAGCUCGAGAAUUCAUCCUGAAGAUGUUCGUGGACCUGAAUCCAGACAGUGACAAAAUUAUCUACUCCCACUUCACAUGCGCCACAGACACCGAGAACAUCCGCUUCGUCUUUGCUGCGGUCAAGGACACCAUCCUCCAGUUGAACCUGAAGGAGUACAAUCUGGUCUAAUUGUGCCUCCUCAGUACCGCCCUUCCCUUCCCUGGUGGGCUAUUGAAGCUGUACAAGAGGGACUGGAUUUCUGUGGAAAACCAUUUGCAUAAUACUAAUUUAUUGCCGUCCCGGA